AUGGCUGUUUGCCCCUGCUAUGUCUUGCUGUUGCUGUCAUUGUGGGCCCCAUCAGCCUCGACUUCGCCUCACCAUACUAUAGACAGCACCCUGACCACCACCCUGGAGUCCUCGGGGAGCGGCCCCCCUGAACCCCCCGGCCUCAUGCUCCAUCGCGGGGUGGUCAAGGUGGUCCGCCUGGACUCGAACCUCCCGGCCCGGGGCUCGGGGCUCUUGAAGCGGGCGCCCAUCGCCCACAGAGGGGGCCCCCGGAGGCCCUUCCCGGCCUUCCUGUCCCGGGGACGAGCGGGCCCAGCAGGGGUGCAGGCUGGUGCUCCGCCGCCCCCCCCCAGGGAGAAGGAGAGCCCCCGGGGGCUGGAGGCCAGGAAGAGGCAGGGGCUGCAGAUGUGGCAGCAGGCAGUCAGCAAGGAGCAACACAGCGGGAAGGUGUCUCUGGCGCUCAGCCUGAAGGAGGCCCGGCAGCAGACCUGCAGAGCCAUCCCCUUCCCCCAGAGGGUGAUGGUGGAGGGGUGCGAGGCGGUCACCGUGCACAACAAGCUGUGCUUCGGCCAGUGCAGCUCGCUGUUCGUCCCGACGGGGGGGCUGGAGGAGGCGGGGGGCCGGGUGCGGCGGGGGGGCUGCUCCCGCUGCUCCCCCUCCCGGACCCACGCGGUGCGCGUGGUGCUGAGGUGCGGCCCCCGGGGCUUCCUGGAGAGGCAGGUGCUGGUGGUGGAGGAGUGCCGCUGCGAGUCGGGACGGGAGGAGGACGGGGCGGGGGGGGAGGGCCCGGCCACUCUGCACCUCUGA